CUCGGAACGACCUUAACAUGCUAUAAAGCAGUACAGCCGCCUAAGCCCUCGAGCUCAAAUUUCUAGUUUCGUAAUUUAAUAUCUCAAAACACAACAGCACAGGCGCAAGAAAUUCUCUAUGUCGCCUUUCAAUCUGACGGAGACCUCGUCCUUCCACACCAUAGAAAUCACUGUGCUAUCAUGUGAAGACUUGCGUAUUAAUGGCAGAUCGGUGAAGAAGAACACUUGUGUUGUUGUUCGGACGGACCCUCUAAACUUUCGCGAAACAACAACCGACACCGAAGGAGGAAGCUAUCCUUCAUGGGACCAAAAACUUACUCUAGAUAUGUCAAUACGAGAAACCUGUAUAACCCUAGAAGUGCAUUGCAGGACUCUUUCUGUGGAUAGAAUUAUUGGUUCAGCAAGAAUGCCUGUGAGUGAUUUCAUGGGAGGGUAUUUCCCAGAGGGUUAUUUGAGCUUUUUGAGUUAUAGAUUGAAGGAUACAAAAGGAUUUGAGAACGGGAUUAUUAAUGUUUCGGUGAGACUAAGAGCGCCGGAAUAUUUGGCCAGGAAGAAGAAGGUCAUCUUGCCCGAAGACAAAUGUUCAACAUCACGACCCGCGUUGGCAUUGCCGGCAAUGGAUGGAAAGAAUUAUGACGGGGUUGACUGGUAUUCCUGCUCGAAAUACUAAAUUUACGUACGUAAUUGUGAUGGAGGUUAUUAUUAAUUAGUAAUUGUUUUCUUAUAAUUAAGUUGGUUGUUAGUUUCAAUUAAUUAUUUUGCGUGCGUGUCUAAGAAAUUUGUAUGAUAUUUUCAUAAACAAGAGACUGUCUUGAUCUACGGGUAUCAGAAAGCUGUUGUUAUUAUUAUUAAUAUGGAAAAACUACUCUCUUCUUUUCAA